CCUCUCCUGCACUCUCCCCCUCCAGAGCAGCAGACUCCUCCACCAUGUCCAUGUACAGCAGCCGUAUCUCCAGCCGACGGGCCCUCAGCGUCCACGCCGGCGCUGGAGGCCAAGGGGUCCGGAUCUCCAGCUCAGUGGCUCCCAGAAGCUUCUCCUCCAUCAACAGCUCAGGCGUCUCCGGGUCAGGCUACUCUGGAGCAGGCUUCUCCGGGUCAGGCAUGUCCGGCGGCGGAGGCUUCGACCUGGCCGACGCCAUCCCCGACAUCAACGACAACAAGAAGGCCACCAUGCAGAACCUGAACGACCGCCUGGCCUCCUACCUGGACAAGGUUCGCAAGUUGGAGACCGCCAACGCCGACCUGGAGCUGAAGAUCCGGCAGUUCCUGGAGAGCAAGACCAAACCCGAAGGCCACGACUGCUCGGCGUACAUGGCUGUGAUCAGCGGACUGCAGGACCAGAUCCUCGAUGCCACCCGUGUGAAUGGAGGUCUGUACCUGGGCAUCGAUAACGCCAAGCUGGCUGCUGAUGACUUCAAGGUCAAGUACGAGAAUGAACUGGCCAUGCGUCAGUCGGUGGAGGCCGACAUCGCUGGGCUCAGGAGGCUGCUGGACGAACUGACUCUGGCCCGAUCGGACCUGGAGAUGCAGAUCGAAGGCCUGAAGGAGGAACUGAUCCACCUGAAGAAGAACCACGAGGAGGAUCUGCUGGGUCUGAGGGCCCAGAUGAGCGGUCAGGUGAACGUGGAGGUGGACGCCGCUCCUCAGCAGGACCUGUCCGCCAUCAUGGGCGAAAUCAGAGAACACUACGAGACCGUCGCCGCCAAGAACCGCAAAGACCUGGAGGCCUGGUUCCAGAACAAGUCUGAGACCCUGACUAAGGAGGUCGCCUCCAGCACAGAGUCCCUCCAAACGUCUCGCUCUGAGGUCACAGAGGUCAAACGCACGCUACAGGCCCUAGAGAUCGAGCUCCAAUCACAGCUCAGCAUGAAAGCGUCACUGGAGGGAACCCUCGCCGACACCCAGAGCCGGUACGCCAUGAUGCUGGCGGGUUACCAGAACCAGGUGUCCAUGCUGGAGGAGCAGCUGGUGCAGCUGAGGGCCGACCUGGAGAGGCAGGGACAGGAGUACCAGAUGCUGCUGGACAUCAAGACCCGGCUGGAGAUGGAGAUCGCAGAGUACAGGAGGCUGCUGGACGGGGAGCUGCUCAGCAGCGCUCCUCAGUCGUCGACCACCACGACUCGCCGUGUCGUCAUCGUCACCAAGGAGGUCACCGAAGAAGGAGAGACGACAUCAGAAACCACCGAGAUCAGCUGAGAAACAUCAGAAAAACUCAAAUAAAACACUUCUGAUGAACCUA